UUCAUCACAGCUUGGAUCUUAGCUUACCCUCCAACAAAAAAAAAAAAAUGUUGGAGAUAAACAGCUAGAGAGAUCCACUCCUAAUUUUCCCGGAAAAUCUCAGAUUUUGCCGGAAAAUCGAAAAAAAAAAAACUUCAAUUUUUUCUUAUAUCAAUUUUCCAUUUUUUUUUUUUCUUCUUUCCAUGGCAAAUGCCUGGAAAAGAGACAAGGGCACGAAACUGAUAUCGCCCUUAACACUUUUCAUGCUCUUCUCAGCCACUAUCAUUCUCCUAAUCUUCUUCCUCUUCUCCACAUCCUCAAAACCCUACCCUAACCCUAACUCCACAUUCGCUGUCACAACCCACUUCCCUUUCCGUACUAUAAUACAACCUUUCGAUUGCUUGAAAUGCCCUCAGUCCCACCCCGUAAUCGCCAACCUCGUCGAAGGCCUGCGCUACCCAUUUCUCUACUCGCUCGCCGAUUUGGGGAACCUUCCGGAUAAGCCCCACAAGAACAUAGCGAGGAUGCUGAAAGGCAAGCUCUUUCGGAAGCCGGACAUCUCAGAGACGAUUCAGGAGCUGCUCGAGCGGUUCAAAGCCGAAGGCAGAGAUGGGUUUGUGGUAGAUGUGGGUGCUAAUGUGGGUAUGGCGAGCUUCGCCGCCGCCGUGAUGGGUUUUCGGGUUGUGGCUUUCGAACCCGUUUUUGAGAAUCUGCAGCGGAUUUGUGAUGGGAUUUACUUGAACCGGGUUGGCGAUUUGGUCACUGUCUUCGAAGCAGCCACGUCGGAUCGCCUUGGCAACAUUACCUUCCACAAGUUGGUUGGUCGGCUUGACAACAGUGCUGUAUCAGCCACUGGUGCAAAACUAGCUUUCAAAUCGAAUGAAGAAAUAGCGGUUCAAGUCAGGUCUGUUCCCCUCGACGAGUUAAUCCCAGAAACAGAGCCUGUGCUGCUGCUGAAAAUUGAUGUUCAGGGUUGGGAAUACCAUGUUCUUAAAGGAGCAUCCAAGUUACUGUCAAGAAAGGGAAGUGAAGCCCCAUAUAUUAUUUAUGAGGAAGAUGAGCGGUUAUUACAAGCCAGCAAUAGCAGCGCAAAAGAGAUUCGAGAUUUCUUGCAUACUUUGGGAUAUAACCAUUGCACCCAGCAUGGUACAGAUGCACACUGCACCAAAAAGGGUUGAAAUAUAUCCUCUUUUUUGGUUUUUUGUUAAAUUUCCACUAAUCAGAAACAUACCAUGGCAUACUUUCUCUAAACACUCAUACAAAUUAUUCUUUGAUUUUUAUGUUUUAUUCAAUGAGAGCGGAUUAGUCAUACUGAGCUGGGUGCCAUUGUAAUGUUAGGGAUUGCAUUGUAGUGUUUUAAACCAAUUUGUAAACCGUUGAGAUCCUCAGCUGCAUAGUGGUUUAGUUGUAGAUCAUUUUUAAACAAGCGGUAUCUUCUAACUUCUAUUCACGGUUAUAUACUGGUCGAUGUGCGUACAGUUGAAAUU